GACACGAGUCGUGUUCGUCCUGCUCGUGUGAUCGAAUGCUGAUCGGAGCUGCUGAUUGGCGCGCAUCAAGGUGUGCCAACGGCUGCUCCUUUAACGCGGCGUCGGCUGUCGAAAGAUCGCGCCGGCCGGAAGUAGUUUUGCGCGUGCGAUCCGCGAGGCCGCGAGUGGAGUGCCCGGAUGGAGGAGUGCAGCGAAUUGCGCCCGGCCAGGUUGCAGUUUCCAGCGGAAAACGCGUCGUUCGAGAGAGACCGCUUCUGAGAGACUCGUCCGCCGCGAGAGUAACAUGCUGAGAUAGGCGGCGGGUGAUGGUCGACAGCGAACGCGGCGGAGGAAGGACGUCGCGCGAUAUCCGAUCGAACGGCCGAGACGUGAUCGUGACCGAAAAAGAGAAAGAGGGAGAACAGAGAGAGAGAGAGAGAGAGAGGAGCUGAGGUGAGCCGUGUCGCAGCUAGUGACUUCCUCCUGCGGGAAGAUAUUCCUCGAGCGAACGAACGAACGAACGAUAUUCGAAGGAAGCUCCGGAGGAGGGAGGCCGGAGAAGGGUCGCGCGCUGGGGGCCCGCCGCUUUUUUCCAGCCGCUUAUGUUAUCGUUCAGAAGUCGGGGGACGAGCGGAUAAUCGGAGGGACCUUUUUGCUAUACACGCAAGAGAGAGAGAGAGAGAGAGAGAGAGAGAGAGAGAGAGAGAGAGAGAGAGAGAGAGAGAGAAAGCGAGAGCGAGAGCGAGAGCGAGAGCGAGAGAGCAUCAUCGACAGUGCAAGAUGCGCGACUCUCUCACGGACGCAUGGACGGGCAGCGCGCUUGUGCUCCACACGUCGUCGGAAUACUCGGCGUCCUGCCCGAAGAGCUCGGCGAUUUCGAUCUCCCGGGAUUGGGUGCUGACGCACGGCACAGUGCUGGAGCCGGUCAUCAGGACGUCCGAUGCGAUCUCCAGGUUCGUCGAAGGCAUAGUGCCGGGGCAGCUGACGAGCGUGCCCGAGGAGCUCGCGGGACAGUUUGAGUUCUUGGUGCUGCGCCAGCAAAACGGCGACGUCAAACAGCACCGAGGCAAGCUCGUGUUCGCCUGGAUAUGCCCGCUGCUCAGGCAGACCUUCCACAUGUUCUUCAAUACAUGGAGCUUCCACCAGCGCGAGCUGUUACAGUCGCGUAAGCCGCAGCGGCAGCUCUUCCUGCUGAUCCGCGUCGACUCUGACCAGCCGCUCGCGGACGUCCCGACGGCCAAGCGAGCUCUGCGCUACCUGCAGCUGCAGGUCUCCUCGCGGGCCUUCAGCCGGGGCGCGACCGUGGAAAUCGUCUCGUCGCCGUUCGGCAAUGUCUGGCUCAUCGACUCGGUAGCGCGGGGCGUCGUCAGCAACGUCGUCGGCGGCAUUAUCAUGACGGACGCCUACGUGUUCCCGAAGAGCGAGGGGGGUCCUGUCUACGUCGUUUCGCCGGAUAGCGGAAGCAGAACUCUCAUCGGGAUGGUGAUCGUGACGAUGGUCUGGUGUCGCGACGAGUGGGUGCAUUACACCUUCGCCGCCAAUCUCGCGCCGUGUUUGUCCGCGAUUUUGCCGAAUUAUCGUUCUCUGUCUCCAGCGAAGCUUCCCAUACUCCACGACAAGGCAAAUGCGUCUGACAGGGGCGUGGUGAUGGUUACCUGCGGGUCCAGCAAAGGCACAGGCAUCCUCGUGGACAAGGACGCUGGAAUAUUCGUGACAUGCUCGCACGUCAUCGAAGAGGCGUCGAAGAAGGAAAUAGCGAUCAUCGUGUUUAAAGAGGGACAAUAUUCACGCGUGCCGACCAAGCUACUAUUCAAUAACCCGAAAGCGUUGCCUUACGACGUCGCUGUACUGAAGGUGGAUCCGAGCGAGUUGGAUCCUUCGUUGGAACCCGUACAGCUCUCGGACGCUCCGAUCGCGCAAGGCGAGCCGGUGAUCGCCGUGGGAUUCGCAUUCUUCCUGUCCACCCGGCCGACCGUAAGCAGCGGAGUGGUCGCCAAAUCGUUGGACUGCAUGCUCAUAACGACCUGUUGCAUCCAGGGUGGCUUCAGCGGCGGCCCGAUAAUCAGCCGGACGACCGGCAAAAUGCUGGGAAUGAUCGCCUGCAACGUACAGUCCUGCGACAACAGCGUGCACUUCCAGCGGAUGAGCCUGUCCGUGCCGGCGGCCGUGCUGAGCAAGCCCCUGCGGCAAUACUUGCUCACUGACAAUACCGACGCGCUGCAGCCUCUCGUGAGCAACGACCUGAUAGUACGAAAGACCUGGGCCCUGGAGUAUCAUUCGAAGCUGUGAGAGGGAAAAGAACGCCUCGAUAAGAUAAGACGAGUUUCGUAAUCGGCGACGGAUUCAUGGACACGCGCGCGCCUUCCGCGUCGGUCUUAUGCAUCGUGGAUUGGCCAUUUUCAUUUGUGUGCGCUACGGACUAAUUAUAUAUGUAUGUAAUAUGUGUGUGUGUAUAUAUAUAUAUACGCAUACGUAUACAUAAUUACACACACAUACGCACAUAUAUAUAUAUGUGUGUGUGUGUAUAUAUAUAUAUGUAUACAUAUAAAUACACAUAUAUUUGGAUCACUUACUCGUUUACACCCUGUAUAUGUAUGUAUAUGGUGUAUAUAUACAUAUUAUGUAUGUGUGUAUAUAACGCGAUAUGCGUAUUGCGGAAUAUUGAGAGCCGCGUGAGUCACGCUGGACCUGCCAAUCCCGAUACGCAGCCGACGCGCUGGCAAACACAAUCUCGCCGUCGAAUCUCGUUGAAUAAUGCGCGCCAUUGACCGAGUUCGAUGCGAAGAGAAAGUUUUUCAUGACGUCAAGUGUGUACCGAUCACGAAGCGACUCGAGUCAACGAUCCCUCGCGCGAUCCACCGCAAGGAUCUCGCUGACGGAUUAUGUGCGGGAGUCCGCACGCGUGUCGAGGAUAUCGCAUUUUCGUGCCGGCCGCCGCUCUCGCGCUUUUACAAACGCCACUUUUGCCGUGACACUUUUAUCGUUUCUCAAGAGACAUGACUUCCCCGAUAUUUUUAAAUGUACUUCGCGGAGAUACGCGAUCAUGUUUUACGACUCGUGAUAAAUUAUUGCCCGUUGUAAAUGUAUGUGUGUAUGUGUGUGUGUGUGUGUGUGUAUGCGUGCGCGUAUAUCGCGAAUCCCCCGUCGCGGAUAUACCCGCCUCGCCAUCUAGCGAACGCUCGCGCAACUAAAAUUCCCGUCUCCCGCGUCUUCGCCACCCUCGCUUCUCGCACAGCGCGCGCUCGACGUAACGACCGAUUAGUCGCGCGAGUCUCUCUUGGGAGAAAGAAUCGGGAUUUCUUUGCUUCUUUCACUUUCUCGCUUCCUUUGGAUUUGUUCGUCGCAGACAAGAGUCGGGUGAGAGACAUGCGGGAGAACGCGAGACGCGCUGUACAUUGAAAUGCAAUUUAUUUUUCACCUUAUCUCUCGCUUCCUUCGCUCCUUAAUUAAAUAUAGUUGCAUUACGCGGGUCACAAUAUUGCCUUGUACACUGCACUCGACGCUUACAAAAGAAUCACAUGGUAAGACGCAUCGCCGACAACGUUCGUGGAAGGAGUGCAGGGUGAGUGAUGGUUCGGAGAUGGUAAAAAGCAAUUGCAAUUGACAGAGAGAGACUCAUUCGUGUUACAACACCGUUCCAUGCACACCGUCUCGUAUCGCAUGUUUUCUUAUCUUUUGUUCUUUUAUAUAUACAAUACAUUCGAGUGGAUUAACGCUAGAAAAUACACAGUAGUUGUUACGUCACUAUUUAGCUCCCCCUCGCUCCCGCUUCGCCGUUUCUCUCUUUGCCGCGUGAGAGAAGAAGGGGCUGGGGGAGAGGGAGAUAUCUACGUUACAACCUCGCGAGACGCGUUCCUCGGGAACAUAAUUAAUAAAUCGCUAAUUUCGCCUAACU